AUGAAACAACAAUACCAGAAGAAAAAACAGAAACCUUCUACAAGUACAAAUGAUGCAACAAAGGAAAAUUCAACAAUAGUUAUAGAUGUUUAUAAAAGAGAAAGAAAAAUUCUACUCAAAGCACCUAUAGCAGCAUACUUAGAAGAAAAAGAAUUAGUCUCUAACUUCAGACUACUACAAGAAGUUAGAGUAGAAAUUGUAGCCAACUCUCUUGAAAGUGCAAUUAUAUAUAAAUCUAUUAGUAAUAGCUUGAUUAAACAAAAUUUACUUGAACUAAGUAAAAAGCUAAAAGAUGAAAUUUAUACAGAUGAGGUAAUAGCAGCUAAUAGUAAGAGAGAGAACAUGAUGUGA